ACUUUGGAGGUAGAGCAGAAGAAUCACCAGUGGGUUUCAGAUCUUGUGACCAGCCGCCGCCAACUGUGCUGCACUUUCCUCCACCAUUCCACCGCUGGAUCUCUUGCGCGUCUGAGCUCCUCAGACUCUCUCCACCUAGAACUCUCACCCGCACACACUCUGUGAGGCUCCUGCUCCUGUGACUCGCUCUGGUCACUCACCUGCACUCCUGUCACGGCAUGCAGCUCCUGGUGGUCUUAGCCGCUCUCAUGGGGGCUCUGGUCAGCGUCCGAGCAGCCGCCGCGCUUCCUGUGGAUGACAGGAGCCCCAUCCACAUGAACAGGGAGCUUAGCAAGGAGCGGAAGGACCUGAUCCUGAAGCUGGUGUCCGGCUUGUUGGACGGAGCCCUGGACACCAACAUGCUGCCGGGGGAGGCGGCCGCCCUGGAGCUGGAGGAGCCGCUGGAGUCGCGUCUGGAGGAGCGCGCCGUCUACAACAGGCUAUCGCUGCCUCAGCGCGACCGCAAAGCCCCCUGUAAAAACUUCUUCUGGAAAACUUUCACCUCCUGCUAACAGAGCUCCUUCCUGCCUGGCUCACCCCCCUCCCCCCUCCCUCAGCUCCACAUGAACUGUAGUAGACACAGCUGUAAAUAUCAUCCUACACCUGCCAGAUAAGCAGCAUUGAUGGACUCCACUGAGACAGUGUGUCUGUUUCAAUAUUAAUUAUUUAUUUAUCUUUUUAUGUACAUGAUAAAUGUAUUUAUUUAUAUUUUCCUUUCAGGAUCAAUAAUAAAGCAUGGAGAUAAUACUGAGAUAGUAUAACCAGUUAAGUGAUUUUGCAAACUGUAAAAGAAAGAGAGAGGGGUCACAUUUUUCAGCUGCUUCUACAAUAUAAGUGAGAUUUCAUGCAAAAUUGAUGGCUGUGUUUUUUUUUAAAUAAUUUUAGUAAAUGUUUUUAGCUUCAUCACUUCAGUUUUCUCCAUCUACACCAGGCUUCAAGCACAACGUAGACAUUCUAUCAUUGCUGCAGAGGUGAGAGGCCUUUAAUUAUGUGCUUGUUCUGCUUUGUACUUGUUAUUGUCGGCUAAAACCAUUUACUCGAGGGGAAGAACGCAUUAGAAAUAGAAACUAAAUUAAAAAGGCGGAUUUAAAUCAUGAUGCUGCUAAUAGUGAUAAAUAUAAGCCUAAUAUACUGUGAAGUUGCGUGUAUUUUAGCCCAGCCUGGUGAACCUGUUUUAAUACUAUUUCCAGACAGUGGUCCUGACUAAUUCCUGGUCACAGGUUGGGUGAAAUGCUUCCGUUUAAACGUGUCAGGAAGGUAGAAAUGAAAUAAAUGAUGCAUUAUAGCAGAAGCUGCUGAAGGUGGAAACGGGUUCGCACAAGGUCAAACAGGGGUGUUUGUGUCUAGUUGUGAUGACUUGGAUUCGAAAAGUUCAGCAAGAUCAUGACGACAGCCCAUGUCCCCACAAAGGCACAAAGCGUGUGCGCUGGUCCAAACAUGACCUCACCUGCUGCCGAUAACGAGGGGACGCUCCGUUGACUCUCACUGGGGUUUCAUUCAUAACCCUGCGCUGGUUCUCCUUCGUUAUCGCUCGUGGUCCGUCUGACACGUUGUGAUGUGUGUGUCCUGUAUGUGAUCAUGGCUGCAAUAAAAUAUUACAUGAGCUGA